UGGCGCAAUGCAACUGUCCUGCUAGCUGUACUGCACAUGCCAAUGUUAACCAGCGAAAUAGAACAAGGAAAUCUUGAGUUGGAGCUAACAUUUUCUUAGAAAGUACGAGAAAACAGCUGAGAAUGAAGAAGGCGGACAGAAGUACCAUAACGAGGAACAUCGUGACCCUCUCAAGGGACAUGGACUUUGUGAGCGUGACCCAGGAACUUCUUGCCCGAGGCAUCUUUGAAAAUCAUCGCAUAGAGAAGUUUAAUACGGAGCCCAGCGAGAGGGGGAAGAACAUGGCGCUCUUAAUGGACAUAGAGACGAGGGGUCCCAGGGCCUUCACUAGCCUAGUAGAGGCCCUGAUCGAGGCCAACCAGGAACAUUUAGCAAAGUUGCUAGGAUACUCGGCGUCUGGACCUUCACAGGGCCAGAUGGGCCAGGCACAGGCUACAACAGCUCAUGACAAUAGACCAGGUCCGUUUGGUCAACCUACCAAGCCAGUGCCAACGGUUUGGCCUGCCAAUGAUGGCCAUGGUGACUACAGCUCAACUCCGAUGGAUGUUUCAGGCUCGUAUCCACAAAUUAUGUUGGAUAGUGGUCUUGAAUACAAAAUGAAAUCUCAACCUAGAGGUAUAGCAGUUAUCAUCAACAACAAAAACUUCAAUGCCAUGCUGAAGCUGGGUCACAUAUUGGAGGACAGGCAAGGAACAGAUGUAGAUCGUGAAAAAUUAAAGAAUAUGUUCGAGCAGCUCCAGUUUCAAGUUUCUGUACACAACGAUUGUACAGGCAUAAAAAUUAAGGAAAUCAUUGAACAAAUGAGGAAUUACAACCACUCCAGCUAUGACUGCUUCAUUUUAGCCAUACUUAGCCAUGGGAAUAAGGGGGACGCUAUUUAUGGCACGGACGGCGAUCAUUGGACCUUAGAAUACAUAAUGGAUCAGUUUGGAGCUGAUCUAUGCCCGACUUUGAGUGGAAAGCCAAAGCUCUUCUUUGUACAAGCAUGUCGAGGAGGGAAAUAUGAUUACGGAGUACAGGUAAAUGCAGUAGAUGAAGCUGAUAGUUCUGCAUCCACCCGUAAGAUGCCCUGUCAGAGCGACAUGUUCCUUGCAUAUUCAACUGUGCCAGGAUAUGUAUCAUGGAGGAAUGCAGGUGGAAGCUGGUUUAUUCAAGCUUUGACAGACGUCAUUCCCCCACUCGCAGGAUCAAUGGAUCUUGGCACUAUGAUGACUAGGGUCAACAACAAAUUAUCUAGAGAUUUUGAGUCCGUUAGCGAGGAGAAAUAUAAGCAGGGAUGUAAGCAGAUUUCAGCCCCUGUCAAUAUGCUUACAAAGGAUCUCUACUUCUUCUCAAAGCAAGACAGGGAAAACUUGACAUACAUGUAACAAGGUCGGCUAGAAGAGGCAACUGUUCUAGCGAGGAUAUAUAGAAGGGAUUUGACUCACAUACAACCUCUUCGACUUGAACUUCAUUGGCUGCCUGUACGACAGAGAAUAGCUUUUAAGAUCCUACUACUGGUCUACUAGUCUCUCAACCACCGAUGUCCCCCGUAGAUAGCUGACUGCAAUAUGGUUCGUCGUCCUCAAGUCCGAAAUACCCGCUCAGCAUCACCCAUCAGGAUCACUCAGUGUCUUUCUAACAAAUAUGCUGGUGAAUUGUCUUUCCCGGCAUCGAUUGCUGCAAAACUGUGAAACCAGCUACCUACUGCUGUGCAGACGGCCUCAUCUGUUGACCACUUCAAGAAAUUAAUCAAGUCACAUCUAUUCUGCUAGAAAUUACUUUAUUACCAGCCUACUUUUACUGAUCUUUGAGAAGUGACUAACUUUUGUUUAUAAGUGGCCCAAACAUUGUGGAGCGGUGUAUGCAGCGCAUUGUAACUGCAAGGGAAAGGGGCUAUAUCAAAUAUCUUUUGGAUUGGAUUGGAUCAACGGGGGUAAUUGUUCAUUAUAUUAUUAAAUAGAAUCAUAGUCUUACAGAAACAUGCUAUACGUAUUGUUAACAAUGUACCACCACUAUCCCAUACUGAUCUUUUAUUUUAAAACUUCAACAUUUUUGAAAAUAAUGAAAAUAAAUAGAUUACAGAUUGCAUUUUUUAUAUUUUUAUAAUUUGACAACCUUUUACCCCAGACAUUUUAGUGGUCCUUUUUCUUUGAUUUUGCAAUCCACAAUUACAGUACUCGUACAUCAACUUUUAUACAACACCUACUAAGAUUCUUGCAACCUUAUUGGUCAAUUCUUGAUCACAUGACAUGCGCUAAAAGUACCAUUGAACGGCAUCAUUCUCCAGCCGUGCAAUUCCGUUUGAUCCUUUCGCACCAUUGCACUCUGACGUCACUAACAAUGUACAAAGUAUAUGGUGAGCUAAGUGUUGCAUUUAGGCCUAGGAAAACUGUUUUAAGCCCGUUAACGUCUGAGGUGUUGUAUAAAACAAAUAGUGAAUG